AUAUGAGUGAAAAUAUUAACUAAUCAUCUGUACAAAUAUUCUAAGAAGGAACAGAUUUAGUAGAUUAUUUAGUUUUAAACUAGUUUUUAAAAUGUUUUAGAGAAAAAUAAUUUCUAGAAUCUGCUGUACAGUAACAAAAACUCAAAUUAUAAUGUUGAAGAUGUAUUGAGUUUAAACAUGAAGCAAUGAACAAUUCAUCCUCUAAAUCAGUUAGAAACCUCAGAUCUUUGCAAAAAUAUCUUAAUAUUUAAAUAAGGUUCAGUUUGUCAGAAGGUUUUGUAAUUUAACAAAGUAUCAGACCUUAAUAGUAUCAACUGUUUUACAAACUGAAUGCAGCAACGCUGCUGCAGGUUAUAAUGGAGGAUCUCCUCCACUGAGAUGGUCUUUAACUGUUAAACUUGUUGCAGAGACAACAUGCUGCUGUGGGUGGGUCACCAGAUUGCCUCUGGUAUCACUUUGUUGACGUAUCUUCUGUUAAUCAAUCAUAUCAUGUUCACCUACAUUUGGCCCAGAACGAGUGCAAAUACUUGGGCUGGGCUGUUUAGACUGUCAUAAGAAAAAUAUGGUUAAUUUUACAGUCACAUUUUCACCAUGUUAUUUAAGUUUCAUUCAUAACUUUCACACUUAGCAACACAUUUAGCUUGCUGUUUAGUUAGCAAGCUAAUCGUUUACCUUGCUAACUAAAUAUAUUUCUACAUACUGUAUUGGCUAAAUAUUUAGUUUAAAAAGCUCAAUAUUGACUCGAAUAACUCAAUAUUUAACUUACUAUUUUGUCAGUAAGUUAAAUAUUAAGAUAAAUAUUUAGCUUAGAAAUUAAAUAUUUAUCUCAGAGUUAGUAGUUAGCAAGCUAAAUAUUGUGUUUGCUAACUCAACACUUAGCUUCAAACUAAAUAUUUAGCCUGGUAACUAAACUUUACUUCAUUUGUAAACUAAAUGUUUAGCUUGUUAAUUAAACAUUUGAUUUAAAAUGGCAACAUUUAUAAAUGCAUGGCUGACAUUAACAUAGAAAAAUAAGCCCCCAUGUUUUCUGAUGUGACAGGCUAAGCAAACCAGUUUUUUGUGUUUAUUUGUCGUUUAAUUUGUGAAUGUGACUUUACAAACAGCCUCCCAUAUUUACCGUACCAAAAAGCCAAGAAACAGCCUAACAGCUGAGGGUCUCUGUAGAGAACUGAUCACAGUUAAACUUAGAACUGGAUGUUAUGAACAAUCUGAGCAGAAAAGAUUUGUUUUUAUAAAUGGAACCAGUCCAGUUAUUGCAUCACCAGCCUGAUAAUAAAUCUGCUGCUUCAUAAAAAAACAGAUAUACUUUAUAGUACAGUGAGAAGACGGGAAGUUUAAUUGCUGCUUUCGUUGAGUUUACUUUCGUUUUUGAAAGAGAAAUCUCAAUUUGUGCUGGAUUUAUUUAUUUUUUAUCAUUUUAAGUGAAAUCCACAUAAAUUUGAUAGAAUCACAAAUCAAGAUGUUUAUCUGUAGUUUUCAGUUUUCUGCAUAAACUAUGAUCGACUCCUGGUUCUGAUCUGAAGUUAAACAGCUGCAGGUCGUUUGAGGUCAGCUCAAAAGUUUAUCUGUUCGGGUCAGCAGGAUAAGACAAACACUUUCACUUUCUGAAUGACUGACUUUAAAUCAGCCAAUCAGAACAGAGAAACAGACAAUAAACUUCCUUUCAAUAAAAGCCCAAGCAGAACUUUGACAAGAGUCUUUUCACAUUUCAACAGAACAGUAUUUCAGAAUUACUCAGGAAUAGACGAGAUCUGAACAAACUUCCAGAAACUUCAGCUCCAUCAAGAGACUCUGUGUUUCUAAUUUUUGCUUGGAAAAGGAAAAUCACUGGGAUCCCACCAUGGAUGUAGCCGACAUGCUCAUCGAUAAAAUCUUCCAGUGGGUGAAGCUGCAGAAAGAAGGUGCAGAGAAGUUUGACAAACUGGCCACUGAGCUGGAGGAAACCAAGAAAGGUUGCAACAUCAGCAAAGUUGUAGGCAGCUCAGUGUCUGUAGGAGGAGCGGCGGCCAUGACAGUUUCUGGCAUAUCAGCCCUGGUCACUGGAGGAGCUGCGAUCCCGUUCCUGUUCACGGCUGGAGCCGUGGCCUCUGGCCUCGGUCUGACCACUAACCUGACCUCAGAUGUUGUGGACAUCGCUGUGGCGAGCCUAAACAUGAAAGAAGCCAAACAGAUCGGUGAGAAGAUUGAGAAUCUCGAAAAGGGGAUUGAGAAACUGAUGGGAACGCUGAAGGAGGAAGGAGAGCGGAGGGAAAAGGAGGCUUCGUCCUUUGAGAAACUUUCUCCAGAAGAUUAUGUUGUAGAAAUGAUCGUGAGGGCCAUGGCCAAACGAGAGGGGCUGAUGCUGAACGCCAGGAUCAGUCUGCAGAGCAUGCUGUCUGGUUUCUCCAAAACUUUGAUCAGUGAUAAGGAGGCAGAUUUCGCUCUUCUUGGGAUUUCUUUAGUUUCCAAGUUGGCGAUGAUCGCAGCUAGAAAGUCUGGGAAGAGUUUGGUGUCGAAUGGCCUUCCAGAGCUGGCAGCAGCCAUGGGAGCAAAAGCUGCAGGCAAAGCAGUCGGACGGGUUGGAGCAGGAGUGGUUGGGUUGGCGUUUUCAGUUCCUGAGCUGGUGAUCAACUGUGUUGAUGUGAAAAACUGUAAGACUGAAGCCAGUCAGAGUCUGAGGAAGAACGCUGUGGACAUUCGGAAAGCUUCUGACCAGAUGGAAAAAGACCUUAAAAACAUUCAAUCGAUCUUCCGGAGGUUAGCCAAGGUUAAACGCUCCAUUGAAACCAAAAACAAGAGCAGUGACGACAGUCAAACUCUGCUGGACUUUGCACAGGAUUCCUGCAAAGAUGAAUCCGUUAGGAAGUGGCUCAGGGAAAACCCAAAGUCUGAGAUCUUCUCCAAGCUGGUGGACAUGUUCCAGUUCCUGAAGGAAAAGCUUGAUGAGGAAGAAGAGGAGAACCACAGUAAUGAAGUUGACAUCACCUUUGUGGCUCAUGGAGCGAUCACUGACUCCAUGAUGCCAGCCAGCUGCCUGCUGCCUCUGCCCACCGUCUCCGACGUUGUCCUGUACUCGCCCUGGAACUGCUACCUUGAAGCUACCGCGGCGUACGGUAUCGCCACAGGGAAGAUUCAACCUGCCCACAGACAGUUUUACUGCUCACCUGAUCGUGGCUGCAAGGUUCCAGAUAACGGGCAUCGGCCCAAACGUCUCCCUGAUGUGUGGAACUCCAUGAAAAAAGCUGGAAAUCAAAAGAUUCCCAACAUCAUCGUGUCUCCUUUAAAAUCACCUGAAGAUGGCGUCUGGAAGAAAUUUGAGAGGCUAGAAAGCAGAUAUGGCCACCCUGGAAGAAACCAUAUCCUCAUCCCAUUGAUCCUCCCUGAACAAGAUGAUGAAGAUAAUGAUGAAGAAGACAUCCCUCUCCCUGUGGUCACCUUGGCUCUGUCUCUGGUGCUCAUGUUCUCCAGAUUUCAGGCAACGCUCCACCUCACCGUCUGCCUGGGGAAACUUUCCAGAAAAAUGAAACUGGAUGAGGAAGCUCUGAAGCAGCAGUAUGCCUGCACCAUCGACUUCACAGGAAUGACCUCAACUGAGAAGAUGUUGGCCUCCAAGUUCCAAUCUAUAAUAUCUUCAGUGAUAAAGUUCUUCAGAAGAACAGAAAGCAGUGCAGAAAACCAAGUACACGAGAGGCUGGCCCAAUCUUUCAAAGCCAUGUUCGGUUGAACUCUGAGACAAAAUGGGUUCUGAGAAAAUAGAAAUAAAACCAGAACAUCUCUGGUUUUAUGAACUAGAUGUUUUGGACUCCAGCUUCAGGUCCAUCUCAACGGGUUUUAUUUGAUCAAUCAUACAAAACAUUCAUCAGAUUUAUGUUGUUCCACUUUCUGUUCAGCUUCUGUAAACUUUUACUGCACUGCCAUCUAGUGGUCUUAGACUGCAAAGGAAAUUCACCCCCAGUUUAAUUCAUUAAUUUAGUGGCAGUGAGUACAGUUAGCGUCGGUCUAUUCAAACAGUCAUAUUUACAUUAAAGAAAAUAACAAUCCAAUCAAAACAGAUUCAAAACUCAAAUUCAGGACAUCAAAUAAUCAGAAAAUUCAGCAUUAAGUCAUUUAGUUUCCAGCAACAGGAACAACCUGGAUAAGCUGCAGACGAAUGUUUAUAUUUCUCAUAUGUGUGGUUUUAUUUGUUCACAUUUGUUUUUCUGUGAUUAUGCAGACAGCAGCAAUGUAUUGUUUAUUAGUGUCAGAGUUACUGAUUUGUUCUUUAUUGAUUUACUUCACUGAAAUGACACUUUGUU